GAGACUGCGAUGGGAAUGGGGGAUGGUUGCAGCCGCACCGGGCGAACUAGCUAACUUUAUCAAUUGGAUGUUUCAUCGGUUUAGCACCUUAUUUAUGCCUUAAAAAUGAGUGGACACAGCGGCGCGCUGUGGGUUGGUUAAAAAUAGUAGUUUCCCUUCCCGCAGCAUGGAAACCAGGCGCGAAGAGGAGCUGGAAACAAUGUUGUUAUUAGCCAGUUAGCCACCGUUAGCCGAGCUAGCUGUUAGUUACAUUGAAGAAGUAAGCUGAGUUAGCCCCGGCUGUCGUGGCGUUACCGCGCUCCGUUGUUUCCCCAAGUCUUCACUAGCGUGUCUCUGUCAUCGACCACCAUGGCUCAGGAGGCCUUUCCUCUACAUUAUCUUGUGUGGAACAAUCAGUACUUGGAGCUGGAUCGAGAACUGCAGAAGAAAGAGCACGACGCGGAGCGCUUGGAUCCGAGGGGACGUACCCCUCUGGAGCUGGCUGUGUGUCUGGGCCACCUGGAGUCGACCCGGGUGCUGCUCAGACACUCCUCGGACCCGACACACUGCAGCCCGCAGGGCUGGACCAUCUUGCAGGAGGCGGUGAGCACCGGGGACCCGGAGCUGGUGCAGCUGGUGCUUCAGUACAGAGACUUUAAGAGAGCUACUGAGAGACUGGCGGGCAUUCCAGAGCUGCUCAGCAAGCUAAGACAGGCACGAGACUUCUACGUGGAGAUGAAGUGGGAGUUCACCAGCUGGGUGCCGCUGGUGUCGAAGGUUUGUCCCAGCGACGUGUACCGGGUGUGGAAAAGCGGCUCGUGCCUCCGCGUGGACACGACCCUCCUCGGCUUCGAACACAUGACGUGGCUGAAAGGGCGGCGCAGCUACAUCUUCAAGGGGGAAGAUGACGGCGCCGUGGUGAUGGAGGUGGACCACGAGAAGCAGGUGGUGUACACCGAGCCGCUCGUGUUGUCUCCUCGGGACGCGCCCUCCCUCCUGGCCGCCAUGCAGCCGUCGCAGGAGAACACGGCUCAGAGACUCACGUCGCCCAUCGUCUCCACGCACCUCAACACGAGAAACAUCGCGUUCGAGCGGAAUAAGUCGGGAAUCUGGGGCUGGCGCUCGGAGAAGACCGAGGUUGUCAGCGGGUACGAAGCCAAGGUUUACAGCGCAACCAAUGUGGAGCUGGUGACCCGUUCGAGGACAGAGCAUCUGUCGGACCAGGACAAGUCCAGGAGCAAAGGCUCAAAGACUCCCCUGCAGUCGUUCCUGGGCAUUGCUGAGCAACAUACGGCUCACAACGGGAGCAACGUGUCCCAGUGCGCCAGUCCCCACAACCCCACAGCCAUCACARCCGAGGAGUACUUCAACCCAGAGUUCAAUCUGAACGGCCGGGACAUCGGACGCCCCGUCGAGCUCACCAGUAAAGUCCAGAGGUUCAAAGCCACGCUGUGGUUGAGCGAGACGCACCCUCUGUCCCUGGCUGAGCAGGUGACGCCCAUCAUAGACCUCAUGGCCAUCUCCAACGCCCACUUUGCCAAGCUGCGUGACUUCAUCACCCUGCGCCUGCCUCCGGGCUUCCCCGUUAAGAUCGAGAUUCCUCUGUUCCACGUGUUGAACGCCAGAGUGACGUUCAGUAACCUGUGCGGCUGCGACGAGCCGGUCAGCUCCGUGACGGUUCACAAGCCCGAGAACACAGAAGAAGCUGGUGAGGCCGCCCCUGCCUUCCACUGUGAGGUCGACCCCUCGGUGUUUGAGCCCCCCUCGGACUACACCGUCCUCGGUCCGGGUCGCAGCGAGCCGAUGAGGGACGAGGAUGACAACCUGCUGCAGUUCGCCAUCCAGCAGAGCCUGCUGGACGCCGGAACGGAAAGUGACCAGGUGACCAUCUGGGAGGCGCUGACCAACAGCCGCCCGGUGCCUCAGUCUCCGCUGUACGAGGAAGACUCUCAGCUGGAGAGGGCGAUCCAGGAGUCCCUGUCUAUCUCUCUGGCCAGCAGGGAGGGYGAGGACCUGACCGACCUCAGCCAGCCCUCCUCGGUGUCCCCGCUGGACCCCACCGCCAACUCCCCUCUGUCCUUCAGGACGGAGACCGACCCCCAGCUGUCGGGACCCUUCGGCGUGGCGAGCAGUUUCGACGAGCAGCUUCGAAUGGCCAUGGAGCUGUCGUGCAGGGAGCAGGAGGAGAUCGACAGGAAGAGGAAGGAGGAAGAGGAUGAGCUGGAGAGGAUCCUGCAGCUGUCUCUCACCGAGAAAUAUUUUAUUUGUUUUUCUGACACAAAGGCUGCUACCACAGAUUGUAAAGGAGCCGACACGGGUGGAGUAGAAAGAAAACUGAACACUACAACCAGUAAAGGAGGAGACUAAAGGGAGUCUUUGUUUUUAUUUUUUUUAUUGAAUAUUUUUCACAGUCUUGCUGUCUUUGAGUGACGAACGAUCCUUAAACUUAUACGAUCCACUACAGUGAUGAAACUUAAUGGAAUAACUUAUAAAAACACGAUUAUAACGUUUAAAACAUUUAUGUUGGCUUUACUCUUGCGUGUGGAAAAAUAAAAAUAAAAAAAAUACAAAGAUCAA